CAGCGCGAGCCGAAGGACGAUGAGAGGCUGAUUGUUUGCUCCGGCUCCCAUUCGCAUCCCCUCGCCUAUAAAUACCGAGGAGAAGAAAAGCCGCUCCCGCCGCUUCCCCAGGGCCGCUUUUCCUUUCCGACGGCCCGACCUGCCCGAUGGCACCGCCCGGGUGCAGCAGCGCCUGAGACCCCGCUGCCCGCCUGACCCUUCCAGACGUGCAGCCCGCACUCCCAGUCCUCCCGCACCACCCCGCCCCAUCCCCAGCAGGAAACGAGCCCCUCUCUCUCCGCUUAGCCCCCUCCCCCCCGGUUUCUCCCGUAACUCUCUUCCCGCCGGCGCCCAGGAAAGAGGAGAAGAUGCGACUCGCGCCGCCGGGUCUCCUGUUCGCCCAGCUCCUCGCGUGCAUCUACUGGAGCUGCCUGUGGCCCGCCGGCUGCCAGCAACAGCAGCCGCUGCGCCGGGAUCCCCCGCCGCCCCCCGCCGGCUGGAGGCAGCGGAUCCAGUGGGAGAACAACGGGCAGGUGUACAGCCUGCUCAGCCUGGGGUCCCAGUACCAGCCCCCGCGGCGCAGGCAGGCGGCGGAGGCGGCGGGCAGCCCCAUCCUGCUGCUGCGGAACAACGGGACGGCGCUGCCCCGCAGAGCCGCCACCCGCGCCGCCGCCGCGCAGCCACAGCCCCCGCCCGCCGCCGGCACCCGGGGCGGCUCCGGUGCUCGGCACUGGUUCCAGGCCGGCUACCAGCCUUCCUCCGGGGGCCGCGCCGCCGCCGGGCAGCGGAGCCAAGCGUCCGCCACCCCCGCGGCCAGGAGCGCCUCCUCUGGGGCGCCGCGACCCAGCGACCCCGCCAGCCCCGCCACCGACGGCAACGGGAGCAGCACCGGGGCCGGGGGGCUGCCGCCCCUCGGCAGCUUCAGGCCCGGGCGGGAAGAUGUCAUGGUAGGAGACGACCCCUACAACCCCUACAAGUACACGGACGAUAACCCCUACUACAACUAUUACGACACCUACGAGAGGCCCCGCCAGGGCAGUAGAUACAGACCCGGCUACGGCACCGGCUACUUCCAGUACGGUCUCCCUGACUUAGUCCCGGAUCCCUAUUACAUCCAGGCGUCCACAUAUGUCCAGAGGAUGUCCAUGUAUAACUUGAGAUGUGCUGCCGAGGAGAACUGCUUGGCAAGUUCAGCUUAUCGAGCAGAUGUUAGAGAUUAUGACAAUCGGGUGCUCCUGAGAUUCCCCCAAAGAGUGAAAAAUCAAGGCACAUCAGAUUUCCUGCCCAGCAGACCCCGUUAUUCAUGGGAGUGGCACAGCUGUCACCAACAUUAUCACAGUAUGGAUGAAUUCAGCCACUAUGACUUGUUGGAUGCGAGCUCACACAGAAAAGUUGCUGAAGGACACAAAGCAAGUUUCUGUCUCGAAGAUACCUCCUGUGAUUAUGGAUAUUACAGGCGGUAUGCAUGUACAGCACACACGCAGGGUCUGAGCCCUGGCUGUUACGACACUUACAAUGCUGACAUAGAUUGCCAGUGGAUUGAUAUUACAGAUGUAAAACCUGGAAAUUACAUUCUGAAGGUGAGUGUAAACCCCAGCUAUUUGGUGCCUGAAUCUGAUUACUCCAACAAUAUAGUGCGCUGUGAUAUCCGCUAUACAGGCCACCAUGCAUACGCCUCUGGCUGCACAAUUUCACCAUACUGAGAAAGGUGCAAGAAAAUGGAUGAGAUGGUGCCAAAUGUUUUGAACUGAAGUAUCAUUAUAUAAACUUCAAUAGGAUGCAAACAAUAUAGAAACAAAACUACAAAACAUACAUACAUACACCCACACACCUUAUGUGAUUUUGAAGCACUCCAGCUGCUUCUCAACCAAAACUUAACUGGAUUUUAAAAAUUUAAAUUGGCAUUACUUGUAUUACUAUCGAAAUGUGUGGAACUGGUGACUCAUGCACAGAUAUUUUACAUUUUGAAAAUCUAACUCGUUCAUAAAAACCUGACCAUGUCUUAGCUCCUUGACAUUUGGAGUUUAGAUGAUAAUAGACUUCAGUGGUAAUAUAACUGGUGAAUGAGUUGAACAUAUUUUAAAAGGUAGAAAAAAAGUAUGCAAAAUGAAUCAAAUAAAAUGCAAGAGAAAGUACUAAUGUCAGCUAUCUCAGAAAAUGCCACAAUGAAAAACAGCUUAAGAGUAAUGAUACAGUACCAUUAAAAAUACUUGCUAGAACACAUUGAUAUGAAGGAGAAAAGUAUGUUCAGAUUUCAAGGAAUAUUAACCUAUAGCAGAGAAAUACAUAUAUAUUAUAUAUAUCAGUUAUACCCCUGCAAGAAAAGUUUUUACAUUUUUAAUACAGUAGAAGUUUUUCCAUUUUUUUAAGUGAAAAACAGAUGGGGUUUUGAAACACACCUUUCAUCUGUGAAAAUGAAUUAAAAAACUUACCCACCUUUCUAUGUUCAAGAGAUUUUUCAAGGUGGGGCUUUUAAAAGACUUCCGCAGAAUUAAUGCGGAUAAAAAUAAUACCUGUCAAUAAAUGGGCUCUCGGAGAUGACGAAGAGUCCCUGAUGUGGUCA